AUGAGGACUCUUACCCCCUCAACCCUCCUCUACGACCCUCCCUCGCCCUCCCACGAUCUAACGAUCCUCUUCGCAUGGUACGCCGCCUCUGACGCCCACAUCGCCAAAUACCUGUCUCACCACCUCCUUCUCUUCCCGCACACCCGCCUCCUCCUCAAACACCCAGCCACGCACGUCCUCUCACGCCCUCGUUCCCAAGCCGCCCUCGCCCCGGCGCUGUCCCUGAUCGCCGGCCUGCCCCCGCCGGCCAGCGCCAAGAACCACCGCCUCCGCCUGCACGUCUUCUCCAACGGCGGCGCCGCAAGCCUGCACCGCCUCCUCGCCCUCCUGGGCCCCGCGGCUCUGCCCCCGCACGUUGCCGUCUUCGACUCCUGCCCGGCCCCGUUUCGUUUCCGCAGGACCCACGGCGCCCUCGCGACAGGCGUGCCCUGGCCGCUGGCACCGGUACUGUACCUCUUGCUGGCGAUCUACUGGCUCCUCCACGUGCCGCUGCGCCGCGCGAGCUCUCUCGACCGGGCGGCGGCGGCGCUCAAUGCGGAGCGGGUCACCGCGACCGAGCUGCGGCGGACGUAUGUAUACAGCGCGGACGACAAAAUGGUCGGCUGGAAGGAUGUCGAAGCGCACGCCGACGAGGCGGCGGCUGGAGGGCUGGAGGUGAGAAGAGAGCGGUUCGUGGGCAGCGGGCAUGUAGCACACGCCCGGACCGACUCUGCGCGUUAUUGGAAGGUCGUCACGGAGACGUUUAAGAAGGCGGCAUGA